AUGGCGGACCUAGACGUGGACGAUAUUUCCCAGCUGGAGAGACUUGACAACAACAGCAUCAGACAAGUACUGAAGACGAGAUAUGUCAAAGACAAGAUGUAUACAAACUGUGGCGACAUCCUCAUAUCAGUCAAUCCUUAUAAGGAUCUCAACAUAUUUGAUGGAAAGAAACAUGAAGAAUAUAGUUGGAAGUCUCUACACCAUGUUCAUCCGCCGCACGUGUUUCACAUGACUGCACGUGCAUAUCGUCGGCUGCAGGAGACGCGCACGAAUCAAGUGAUACUUGUUGGGGGAGAAUCUGGUGCGGGAAAGACAGAAAACGCAAAGUAUAUAGUAAAACAUCUCAUGGCCAUGUGUCCCCAAAAGUCCGAUCAUCUUCAUCAGCGCAUUAUUAAGGUCAAUCCUCUUCUCGAAGCGUUUGGCAACGCCAAAACAACACUGAAUGAAAAUUCCAGCAGGUUCGCCAAGUAUUUGGAGUUGGCGUUUUCUGUAGACGGACAGAUAAAGGGAGCCAUUGUGCGGGACUAUCUGUUGGAGAAGUCACGUGUGGUUAACCAGGCUGACAAGGAAGGCAAUUUCCAUAUAUUCUACAGCCUGUUUGCUGGAGCUCCUACAGCCAUGUUGAAAAGCCUCCGAUUGAAAGACGCACAUUCUUACAGGAUAUUACAACGAAACAAAGACUUACUGAGCAGAAGAGAAAUCUAUAGGGUUAUGUACCUUGAACAGAUGGAGGUUCUCAAAUCCUUAGACAUGGACCAACAGGACAUUGACAUCAUCCACACUGUGCUGGCGGCCAUAUUACAUAUCACACAGGUGGAGUUUAUAGAACCGGAGGAUCCAAAUCAACCACUGCAGAUCCGUGACAUUUCGGUGUUAGAGAACGUGGCCGAUCUACUGACCGUACCAUACGAGGAGUUGGGACAUUCACUGAUAGCCACCAAACAGACGUUUGCUGGAGAAGUAAUUGUGAAGAGGAAGUCCAUGUGUCAGGCCAUUGACAGCAGAGAUGCAUUCGCCAAGGCUUUGUACGAGCGUCUGUUUGGUUGGAUUGUCCGUCAGAUCAACAUGAAUCUCUACCCUACCAGACUUAAUGACACAGGUGGUUUUGUCCGUAUAGGGAUCCUAGAUAUCGCUGGCUUUGAGAACCUAACGUUCAACAGCCUGGAACAAAUGUGUAUUAAUCUCACCAAUGAGAAGCUACAAAGUUUCACCAACAUGAACACUGUAGACUUUGAGAUGUCGCUUUACAAGGAGGAAGGAAUCCAGAUACCAGAUAUCAAAUACAAGAAAGACGACGCAGUGUUGAACAUGUUCAUGAAGAAAACUUUCGGGGUACUACCACUGCUUGACGAGGAAUCAAAGUUGGCACAGGGUUCGAAUGACAGACUGAUCAAGAACAUGAAAGACCAAUAUGAAAACCUCGAAUGCUUUAUGGCAUCCCCCAGUGAUCAGGCGGUGUUCGGUGUCAAACAUUUCGCUGGUCAGGUGUGGUAUGACGCGUCGAUGUUGAUUGAGAAGAACCGAGAUAUGUUGAGUCCGGAUUUAAUUACAUGUAUGAAGCAGAGCACCAACCCAUUCGUGUCAGAUCUGUUCACGGCCAAGAAAGGCCCGACAGGGACAAUAUCUGCGACUGUUCACAAAAUCAGGAAGUCAAAGAAAGAAGCAGGCGCCCGACCUACAGAAUCUGCGGGGAGACCUACACUGACACCUGAUCUCGGGGCAACUCUGCAAAUGAGGUACGGGAAAAUAGAAAGCAGUACCAGUAUCAGAUUUAGCCCUAAGGAUCAGAGGACUGUAAUUUCCUACUUCCAGACAUCCAUGAAUGAGCUGUUGUCAAAACUGAAACAGGCGGAACCUCACUACGUACGAUGUAUCAAACCAAACACGUUUCUACAGCCUGACAACUUUGAUGAUGAGAAGGUCGUACAACAGAUAGUUUAUAAUGGGAUUUCUGAGGUAGCGAAAAUCAGGACGCUGGGCCUUCCGGUGCGAAAGCGUUAUGACGUGUUUACAAAGAGAUACGGAUCUCUCUUCCCGCAGAGUCGAACAGCAGUGUCGCCUCGAGCGGGAACUUAUCUGCUCCUUCAGAAAAUAUUACCAUCUUACAUGAUGCCAGGAAUAAGAUUUGGAAAUACUAAGGUUUUCAUGAAGGAGGACGUAAGCAUGUUGUUGGAGCAAUGUCGUGUUAUCAGGGACCGAACAGCUGCAAAUUGCAUAGCCAAACAUUGGCAGGAACAUUAUCAAAACCGGAGACGUCAUCAAGACGAAGCAAAGACUCGAUUGACGACAGCUAGUUAUGUAUCGUCACCUGAAUGGGAGACGUCAACACCUGAAAGUUUUAAAACCUCUUUUGAUUCCAAAAGUUGGGAGGCGUCAACACCUGAAAGUUUUAAAACCUCUUUUGAUUCCAAAAGUUGGGAGGCGUCAACACCUGAAAGUUUUAAAACCUCUUUUGAUUCCAAAAGUUGGGAGGCGUCAACACCUGAAAGUUUUAAAACCUCUUUUGAUUCCAAAAGUUGGGAGGCGUCAACACCUGAAAGUUUUAAAACCUCUUUUGAUUCCAAAAGUUGGGAGGCGUCAACACCUGAAAGUUCUAAAACCUCCUUUGAUUCCAAAAGUUGGGAGGCGUCAACACCUGAAAGUUUUAAAACCUCUUUUGAUUCCAAAAGUUGGGAGGCGUCAACACCUGAAAGUUCUAAAACCUCCUUUGAUUCCAAAAGUUGGGAGGCGUCAACACCUGCAAGUUUUAAAACCUCUUUUGAUUCCAAAAGUUGGGAGGCGUCAACACCCGAAAGUUCUAAAACCUCUUUUGAUUCCAAACGUAGCAUCGGCAAGGAAGAAGACUACACAUUUUUCAACUGGUCUGAUAACACAAACCUUAAAAAUUCAAUAAGUUAUAAAACCUAUACAGACAGGAAGCCAAAGAAAAAAAAAGCUCCAACACCGCCAGCUGUAAGCAGCAUCCUGAAAAAUAUCGAUGGCACUGAGGAGGAACAAAACCAGGCUUCCAAAAUACCGAAGAAAUUGAAAAAAGAAUUCUGGGACAUAUUCCAUAUCAUUAACCGAGAAACAAAGAGAGACAGUUUUAACAUUGGUGGUGUAAUGAGGACUUUGAAGAUUUUCACUUACAUACUGCUGGGACUCCUUCUCCUCGCCUGUUCUGUGUUCCAGAAGAUCAGUCUAGUGACGCUCGUGUCCGACACAUCGAAAUUUCAACACGUGCUGUUACUGGUCGUUACGUGUAUUCCAUACAUCCGGCUAUUCCUGACUAGCGUGUGGACAUCACUGUUUGGAAAUGUGCCCUUUCCCUCAAAGAAAAAUGUCGUCAUUGUGCUGAUAAGUGAGGGUCUGCAUUCAGUGGGAUUGUCUUUGUUGAUCUUCCGAGUUCUUCCAGAAAUUGAUGUUGUCAGAAGCAUUCUAUUGCUCAGCUGUGCUUGCAUAACACCAAGUAUUCUUAAACCUUUCUGUUCGUCAACGAAAGAUUCAAAUACGCAACGUAAAUCCAAGGCUGGUGAAAUGUUUACAUUUGUAUUUGACAUAUUGGCAGCACUCAUUCAAAUAUCUGUUAUACCCGUGAUUGUUUUAACCGAUUAUUAUAUCAACAAUGCACAUUUUGCUGAGAACGACUGGAAGAUUGUUGAAAUGGGUUUCGCUCUUAUCCUCUGUUCGCUUCCCUAUUGGGAAAACUUUGUGGACGAUCGGUUUUGUGGUGCUUUAAAUGAGACGAACAGUUUGCAGAUCCUUAUACUUGGAUUGAAAUUCGACCUACAGGAGUGUCGACCAGUUCUUUAUGCCAUUGCCGCUCCAAUAAAGAUUCUUAUCACAGGUUUGCUAGCUUUCUACCUUAAUGAACAAGAGUAUCGUUCAGACUUGCAGUUUCUAUCACUAUUUACUGAGGUAUGGAGCACAGAACUAUUCACCGAUAUCCCCAUAGUUCUUGCCUUAUCAGCAUUUGUUGGACAUUUCGUGGCAUAUACAGCAUGUAAAGUUAACAUGCAAAUAUUCUCGUUCGCUGUUCCGUUACUAGUGUCAACACCUCUUGCAGCUUACAUACUGUAUGCCGAUUGUCAGUCACAUGUUCUGCCUGGGAUUUUCAAAGAAGAGCGAAUCUGUGACGGCGACCUCCUCAAAACCUGGUGGCACCUACCUAUAGCCGGUGGUUGGUUAAUUUCAGUCUACUGGAUAGGAAGGCAUAUCUGGUUCCCGAGUCAACCGCGCCUUUCAAACUUAGAAACCCUCUUCUUGAAUCCCGUAUAUUGUGGAGUACUUAUGGAGCAAGAUCUGAUCAUGAAGCGUCGUCGCCAUAAACGUAAAAUCUUCAAGGUCAUCAGUAAAGGUCGAACUUUCUACAGGUUAAAGCCUGAUGAUAUGAGAGACUCUAAUUUGGAGGACAAAGAAACAACGGAUGUCAUAUCACCAAUGGUGUACGCAUGCGCAACAAUGUGGCAUGAAACAAGACAGGAAAUGGUGCAACUUCUUAAGUCGUUAUUCAGAAUGGACAAGGAUCAAUUUCUCCGGAAGAAGGCUAUUACCACAUUUGAUGUUACGCCUGCAGACGUGGAUUACUACGAAUAUGAGCCUCACAUUUUCUUUGACGACGCUUUCGAAACAAAUGCUGAUAAUGAGAGAGUGCCAAACUCCUUUGUAAAUGAGAUGGUGGCGGUGAUGGAGGAAGCUGCCAGCUCUGUUCACGAAAAAGCUUUAACGAUAAAUGAUGCUAUUAAGAUCCCGACACCUUACGGUGGUCAGCUGGUUUUCCUCAUGCCGGGGGGAAAUUUCCUUUUCGUGCAUCUGAAGGACAAAAAGAAAAUUCGGAACAAGAAACGAUGGUCCCAGGUGAUGUAUAUGUAUUAUUUACUGGGCUAUCGUAUUCUCAAAGAAUGUCAGGAGGUUGUUUUGUCGGCCAUCAACAGAGAUGACUUCAACCAAUUGAUCAGUUGGCGUAAAUUCCAGAAGGAAAACACAGGAAAAGUGGAAAAAAGUCAGAUCUUCAGUUUCCUCGACGAUGAAGUAUUGUACCGGGCACAAAACACAUUUCUCUUGGCUCUAGACGGGGAUGUUGAAUUCUCACCAGAAGCAGUGCAUUUGUUGAUAGACAAGUUGAAGAAAAACGACAGAGUUGGCGCUGUGUCUGGUCGGAUUCAUCCUGUCGGCAAAGGACCAGUAGUAUGGUUCCAGACGUUUGAGUAUGCCAUGGGCCAUUGGCUUCAAAAAGCCACAGAGCACGUGAUCGGUUGUGUGUUGUGCAGCCCCGGAUGUUUCAGCAUAUUUCGUGGAUCGUCAUUGAUGGAUGACAACGUCAUGAGAAAAUUUACGAUACUUCCCUCUGAACCGUCUCAUUAUCUCAUGUACGACCAAGGUGAAGACCGUUGGUUGUGUACCCUUCUUCUACAGCAGGGAUACCGUGUGGAAUACGCGGCCGCUGCAGAUGCAUUUACAUACGCUCCAGAAGGAUUUGAAGAGUUCUUCAAUCAAAGACGACGCUGGAUCCCGUCAACUAUCGCAAAUAUCAUGGAGCUUUUGCAGGAUGGGAAAAACACUGUUGCAAUCAACAACAACAUUAGCUGGUUUUAUAUUGCCUACCAAUAUUUUCUUAUGGCCGCGUCAGUGUUAGGACCAGGAGUUAUCGUGAUGAUGAUUGCUGGAGCUUUUGGAUCUGUCUUUGGUACAGACAUAACCACUGCCUACCUCCUCGCCACUUUGCCUGCUGUCUUGUAUAUUUUUCUGUGCUUCAAUGCGACACCCAAGUCCCAAAUUAUAGCAGCACAGAUUCUAGGUGUGUGUUACAUUUUUGUAAUGACGGUCGUUUUUAUUGGUUGUUUAAUCAUAGCUACCCAAGAAAAUGCUCUUCAUCCGAGUGUGAUAUUCAUAGAGUCACUGAUCAUUUUAACAUUCCUUACGGCCUGCUUCCAUCCUCAUGAAUUCGGCUGCAUCAUGCAUGGAGCAUUGUACUACCUCUGUAUUCCAUUGGGUUACCUACUCCUUGUAACAUAUUCUCUUUGCAAUAUGCAUAUCAUAUCUUGGGGGACAAGGGAAUCACAAGAGAAGAAAACUCCACAUGAAAUUGCAGAAGAGGAGAAGUUAAGGAAAGAAAAAGAAGAAAGAAAAAAACAAGGAUUCCUUGCUCGUUUAAUGCCGAAACUGGGAUUCAGUGAUAUUGUUGACGUACUCACAAAAAUAAGACUGAAAAAUAAUAGAAUCGAUGGAAGGGUUGACAUUCUGAGAGCCAUGAACAAAAAGAUUGAAUUACUACUGAAACAAAAACAAAAUGUCGGAAUCGGCGAUGACAUAGAUAUGCAGGAUGCUGAAGUCAUACCUGAGGUUGUCGUUCUAAAGAAGCCAAGUCCUACCAUUGAGAAGACUGUCAGAUUUGACGGAAUUCCAAUAUCUUCUCAUAGAGAGGAGGUAGAGGAGUUGGGGGAUGCAAUGAAUUCGAACACGAAAACUGAGAUGCUUUCUCCAAACUGGGAAAAACUUCACACACUAGGAAAUGGGCGAAUACUAAAAUUGAACCCUGCAGAAGAGGAUUUUUGGAAAAGUUUAAUCAAAAGGUACCUUUAUCCAUUAAACCUGUCCGCAGCCUCUCAGAAACAAAUCAAAACUCGACUACUGGAAUUCCGCAACAGUUCGUGUGCUGCUAUAGCAAUCCUCAACCUUGUUUGGAUUGCCAUCAAUUUCAUGUUUCAGCUCCGAAAGCCGGCCAUGAUCUAUUUCGCUGUACCGAGUGAUGUUGACGAUGCCGACGUGAACACCGAGAAUUUUCAGGUUGACGUACUUGGUAUGCUGUUCGUUUUAUUUUUCAGCCUUAUGAUAUUGAUUCAAUUCAUUGGAAUGUUGGUACACAGAUGGGGAACAUUCUUGCAUUUGAUUUCGAUAACGUUUAUACCAAACCCAUUUCAAAGAAAAGUUGAAGACACAGAUAUCGAAAACGGAAAUUCCAAGUAUGUUGCCGAGAAAUUGCUAGAAUUUUGCGGAAAGUUAGAUUCCGAGCGGAUUUCUGAUUUUCCCAUGAACAGUGACGACGAAGAGGAAGAGGAAGAGCAAGUUAUAGGGGCUAUGGUGGAAGUUAUAAAUAAUAUACAGGUCAAAGGAACAAAAAGUAUGCCUGGUUCAACCAAUCCCCUCGGUAAGAGUAUCAGGCAAAGCGGAAUUGGCAUCAGUUCAAACUGGAAAACCAGUGUAGCAAGUAUUCUGGUUAAAUCAGUGAUCAGACGUACGACUGUGAGGGAAAAUCGUCUCUUAGAUAUCAACGUGGAAAAGAAAACUGAGAAAAGUUCCAAUACCUUUAAGGAUACAUCAAAGGACAAUCCAAGACUACGCUCUGGUGCGAGUAUGCCCUUUCAAAGACAUUUUAUGAGUGCAGUAAGGAACAGAAAACUGCCAAACAUACCAGAAGAUUUCCUCAAAAAAGAACGCCCAAGUCAAACUCUCAGAAGAGAUGGAUACGACCCGGAUGCGUUCGAUGAUUCAGAAGAAGACUCUGAUCCCAUUUAUGAUACUAUCCCCGCUGUGGGUGUUAUGGACAAAGCUUUCUCUAUGAAACUCAAGAAAUAUAGACACCAGGAGCAGCGAUCGCAACUAAAUGGUACGUGGCGAAGCGAACUCAAUGCCCUCUAAUUUUUAAAAAUUGAAAAACACGAGUAUGUAACCAUAUGUAGCCAAGACAUUGUGGUCACG